AUGGACCUGUUCUUCGCCGCCUGCGAGAACUUCGGUCUGGUCAUCAACACACAGAAGACGGUGGUGAUGCACCAACCGCCACCCAACUCGGUCACAGCCCCCAACGCGCCGCCGCAAAUCAGCGUGAAUGGGACCCAACUGCAAGUGGUGGAGAACGUCCCGUACCUGGGCAGUACUCUCUCCCGCAACACCAAGAUCGACGACGAAGUCGCCAACAGAAUCUCGAAAGCCAGUCAAGCCUUCGGUCGCCUCCAAAGCAAAGUUUGGAAUCGUCAUGGUCUCCAACUGAGCACGAAGCUGAAGAUGUACAAGGCCGUCAUCCUGCCAACGCUACUGUAUGGAGCGGAGACUUGGACGGUGUACGCAAAGCAAGCACGUUGUCUGAAUCACUUCCACCUCAGUUGUCUCCGUCGCAUCCUGAGGCUGAACUGGCAGGAUCGCAUCCCCGACACUGAUGUGCUAGAACGUACGGGAAUGCUCGGCAUCUACUCCAUGCUGAUACAAAUGCAGUUGCUCUCGAGCGGCCACCUGGUGCGCAUGGACGACGAGCGACUACCCAAACGACUCUUCUACGGAGACGUCGCGACGGGUUCCCGCCGUCAAGGAGGCCAGAUUCGCCGUUACAAGGAUACCCUGAAGUCCUCCCUGAAAUGCCUUCAAAUCAACCCGACCAACUGGGAGGAGCUCGCCCGCGAUCGUUCGACAUGGAGGAAAACAGCGAAGACGGGCGCUGCUAUCCACGAAGCCAACCGCAUAGGCGCCGCCAAAGCGAAACGUGAAGCCCGCACAUCACAACUUCGCCCAGUAAGCAACGCCGCCGCACAACCGCUUCCAAUGUGUCCUCGACGUCAACGGACAUUCCGGGCUCGAAUCGGACUUGUUGGACAUCUUCGGAGCAACUAGGCCUCUCGAACUGCACCAACCAUCGUCCCCCCGCCCGCCUCUUCUUCCCCGCCGCCGCCAACUAACUCUGACAAUUCUUCUGAACCACCACUUCCAUCCUCCUCCUCCUCCUCCUCCCACUGCCCCAGCGGCGGUCGCUCAGGCGGCCGUCUCGCACACCAACCCCGACACAACAACCGAAACCACCCCCACCUCUCCCGAUUCCAGUGAUGAGGAUCAGGACUACACCUGUCCUCACUGCGAUCGCACCUUCAUCUCACGCAUCGGCCUGGUCGGUCACUUGCGAAUUCAUCGCACAGAGACUGGCGAACCAGUGCCUGGAGCACCCACCUAUACCCACCGAGCUCGUCUCAACUGCACACACUGCCCUCACACCUUCAGACAUCGCAUGGGCCAAUUGGGCCACAUGCGCAUCCACGAGAGCGGCAUCCGCACUCCCGCCACACCCACUACAUCCAACACGUCCACCGUGCACACCCGCACCCUCGCUCCAUCCGUCCGCGCCACCACCACCACCGCCUCCUCUGUAGCUGACAAUGACACCGCCGAAUUCUCAUGCCCACACUGUCCACGCAUAUUCACCUCACGCAUCGGCCUGGUCGGUCACUUGCGAAUCCAUCGCACAGAGACUGGCGAACCAGUGCCUGGAGCACCAACCUAUACCCACCAAGUUCGUCUCAACUGCCCACACUGCCCUCGCACUUUCAGGCACCGCAUGGGCUUAUUCGGCCACAUGCACAUCCACGACGACCUGCAGUAGACAACCGCCGGCCACACCACACAUCCACGCACUCCCUACCUUCCUCCACCAUCACCAUCACACAUCAACACGUACACAUCGCAAGCACCCAACUGCCACCUCCCACGCAAGUGGGAAGUGUGCAUCUCGACUCGGUCCCCAUACGGCCUCGGCUUUACGGGUGACUUGAUUCCGAGUUUAUCCCGACACGUCAAGCGUCGUGGAUAGGAAGGCUGUUGACUGACGCCCGCACUCGGUCCACGCAGUUCGUCGCGUUGUCUGUGUGUGUUGUGUGGAGUGGCGGACUGGUGGGCUGAGGACGGGCUGAAGCAGCACCUUCCACGGCCCUCUCACGCAAGUGAGAGACACGCCGUUCAACCCCCGUUGUGUUAAAUCCUGGUGUUUGUGUGUGUAUGGGGGGCCAGGUCGUGCUGUGGCGCGCGCAGGCAUGGUCAGUCGACCAUGUCAGCCACCGCGCCCAUUCCCCACUCCAGUCUACUGACCGGCUCGGACAGUGGCUGGGGUGUGGGAAUGGGAAGGGAGAGUGAGGUCGACGUUUCAGCGCAUUUUCCUCACUAUAAUCAAUCUGACGCGCUUGAAGCUAUCACGGUGCGCUAAAAGCCGUGGCUUGGAAUGUUGCCAACUGACGGGGUACCUUGGACCUCCUCCUUAACGGGAGGCGGUCUGAGAGUCAGGCUGCAAUGGCUCCUUUUUAAUGUGGCCUUUAUGGCACUCUCACCACAGUGUGGGAUCCGAGCCAGGCGUUGGCGGCACGCCCAGGUGCGGCUUCGGCCGUGCCAGCCUCCAAAUCUCUGUUGUGUUGGUUGAAAUCCUGGUUAUUGUUGUGUGGACCAGGGGGUGUGGUGGAAUGCCAAGGUGAGGAUCCGUCCGAGCCAUCCACCUGCGACCUCCCUCGUCUCCGGUCUUCUUGACUCUGUCUUGACACCGGGCCCAGGCGGGGGAGGAGGAGAGAGUGUAGGUAGAUGCUACGCAAGUCUACUGGCACUAUAAACCCCUGCGUAAGUCACCGUCCCUGCUCCCACCGCUGCUGCAGCUGUGGGGCAUACGGUGGACAUCGUCGAAAUCGACGGUCGAACUGUCGUGUGUGUGUAUUGUGCCGCCCAAACGGGCCACGUGGUAGAUGCGCUGGACCAACACCGGGGCCAUUUCGGAUUCUGGGAGGCGAUGUCGGAUUUACGCACCAUAAUAAAUGUCAACAUUUUGGGUUGCGGCGGUAGACCCGGUUGCCGGCAGACGGUUUGUCUUAGACUGUCCAGUUCGCUGUGCCAUAUAGCAAAGUCGUCAAGGUGACGGCUUUGUACAUCUCCAGCUUGGUGUUAAGGUGGAGACCGUGGCGAUUCCUUACGGAAUUCCGCAGCGACUUUAGAUAUCCGAUGAGCCACUCCGUCAUCGAUUUUGACGCAGCGUGAGAGUGCGCUGCCUAAGUAGACGAAGGUGUUCACGGUCUUCAGUUGGGUGUCGCUGACGUUGAUUCGAGGGACGCCGUAUGCAGCGUUCAGUGGUGGUUGGUGCGUGAUCACCGUUUUGUCCGUGUUGAUCGUCAGUCCGAAGUUGGUGAACCCGCCUGUGAAGACGUUCGUGCUCCGUUGCAUGUUAGUUUCUGUCUUAGGGCUGAAGUGAAAAUGUCGACGAAAAGCAGGUCGUAGAAGGCGGUCGUGGAUGUAGGCGUUGACGGCUACAUGUGCUGGUUGUUAGUAAAACGAUCGGGGGUCCUGUAGUCGACGCUGAUCUCGGGACGCUCAUCACGAUAGGUGCCCAUUUGCAUGGCAGAGGGAAUGAGACUAAGGAGGAUGAGAGCGAAUACGCAGUCCUGCUUCAUUCCGUUGGCUACUGAAAAUGAGUUUGAGACGGUCCCACCGUCCGUCCACAUCCCUUCGCACAGUUAACACAUCAUCUGAUUGAAUCCUUCGGGGCGUCUGAAUUUCUGCAUGAUUUUUCACAGUCCAUCAUGAAUCCACCUGUCGAAGUUAAUGCAGAGGUGAAUCAGCAUUUCCUUACACUUCUCUUGCAGCUCACAUGCGGCGAAGAUUGUCAGUGGUUCCGCAGCGACGUCGGAAUACCCGCUGACUUUCCGGGAGAUGUUCCUGUUCGGGAUGGCUGUUGAGGCGGUUGAGGAGGAUGCUAGAGGAGAUCCUUCGGCGAUACUGAGCAGCGAGAUAUCUCUGUGGUUACGAUAGAUUUGUCAGUUCCCUUUCGACUAUCGAGAUGAACAGUUGUCUCAUCCACUGUAAACUAAUUCAGGCACAAGUCACCGUCCCUGCUUCACCAUGCUGUGAAGCACAUGGUGGACAUCGUCGAACACGACGGUCGAAACGUCGUGUGUGUGUGUGUGUGUGUAUUUUGGGGGUGUAGGGGUGUCCAGAGGUGGGUUCACGUAGUCGCAGUAGGUCGUUCACAAGCUUGCAAGUGCAGACUACGCCUAGCGUCCAUUUGCUGGCCCGCAACUCUCACAUGUGGCUCCCCGAAGCUGGGAUCUUCUCAGCGGUCACACCCCGGUAACCGCCUCGACUGGUGGGGUAAAUUAGAUGAGGGCGUCCUGUGUGCAUCUCCGCACAGGGUAGCUCGGAUCCGCUAUCACCAUCGAUGGCCGAAUGGAUUGCCGUCUUGGGAUCUCCGAUACGAGACUCCAUCUACAACAUCGCAGGAGUCCAUAAGUCAAAUAAGCCCACGGAAAAACGAACACUGCUUGUUUGUGCUUGUACGUUUUGUAAUUCAAAUGCCGCUCUGUUUACUUUGUCUGCUCACCACUUUUAUAUUUUAGCAACCAGCUAGCUUAGAGGGGGACGGAAAACUCUACUCCCCGUCUCUCUACCCUUCCCACACUUCCCCUCCUCCACUUCAAAAAGUCUUACGGCGAAGUCCUAGGCAGUGCCAGACUAAUUCGGGUUGUUCUCCCACUAAACAAAAGUCGUCUCAUAGUGGAAUUCGACUGCUGUCUGGGACAACUGAACAGCCCUAUUUAGGGAGACCACUGCUCACCCCCGAGUGGGGAAGGGGCCAGAAGGGUCAGUAGCCGCAGACGCAAAACACACGGUCGAAACAACCAACAUCGAAACAACAACAACAACAAUACUCUCCCUCUUCCUCCUCUUGCAGCUUCUUCCACUUCCUCUCCUUCUUCUUCUUCUUCUUCUUCUUCUUCUUCUCCAUCCUCAUCUUCUUCUCCUCCUCCUUUCCGCCAACCCACUCGCCAGACGGGCAGGUUGAGUCUCCUAACUCUGGCAGCCUGGAAUGUUCGUUACCUUUUAGACAAUCCGAGGAGCAACCGACCGGAGCUGAGGACAGCGCUAGUGGCCCGGGAACUGGCACGCUACAAGGUGGACAUCGCCGCACUCAGCGAGAUCCGGUUCUCAGAACAAGACCAACUGGAGGAGGUGGGUGCCGGCUACACCUUCUUGUGGAUCGAUCACCCCAGGGCAGAAUGGUACGCGUGCGUCGCCUUUGCCAUCCUAAAGGACAUCGUGGGACGACUGCCUUGUCUGUCGCAGGGCAUCAACGAUCGCCUGAUGAGCCUCCGCCUGCCUCUUCGGGAGGCAAAUUUGCCACCAUCGUCAGUGCCAACACUCCGCCGAUGA